ACUCACUACUAAACAACCAUCAAGAAUUCACAGACUUCAUUAAGUGGCCAACAAGCUCACAGAACGAAGGCAAAAUGCGACUAACACUGUCGGCCAUUUUACUGUUCGCCGCCAUUUUGUCGUGCUCGGCGCAGGCGCAGUAUCCUCGUCCCCGCCGCCCGGAGCGCUUCGACACCGCCGAACAGAUAUCCAACUAUCUCAAAGAACUGCAGGAAUACUAUUCUGUUCAUGGGAGGGGAAGAUAUGGAAAGCGGCAAAUGCACAUAGCCGAUGCGUCGGUCAUUUUCCGGGAAAGCCCGUUCUUCGAGCACAGCCUCAACGAAGACGGCCUUCUCAAGAAAUUCGGUUAUAAAUAAAAAGAAAACUAACUAAAACAUCAAAGCUUGACGAAUAAAAAUGUAACUCAAAUACAAUUUAUUUAACGCAUUGCGCUUACCACCAAUAAUCCGAUGACAUUAAACA